AUUUAUUACUCCAUAUUACGGAGUAUUAUUAUUUUUAGAGCAAACAAUCUACUUUUUCCUGUUAGUUUGAGUAAUUGUAGAAAUCUUGUCCAAAACUUUACCAAUCGGCGUUCCCGGCCGGGUUUCUCGCAGUCCGCCGACGUCAGCGGCCGGAGCCGUAUUUCUAGGCUUUCUACAUUCUCUGUUUUGCACUUUUGCACGGCCAAGAUCCAGAUAGCAGCUGCAGGGUAGGGGAUCUAAUGAAGCCUAUGCUGAUGAUCAGGUUCUGGUCUGAUUCACAUCGAAGAUUCAGCAUGGUUGCUAAAGUAGAACUCUUGUAAUUUUCAUUUGGCUGGCCCAAUUGAAGCUAAAGAUCUAUCUGUAAUGGGGUCAAACAUAGAGGAAGCGCUUAGAGCUAAGGCAGAAGCUGAGAGGAGAUUUUUGGAGAAUGACUUUGUGGGAGCAAAGAUGUCUGCUCUCAAAGCAGAAACUAUAUGUCCUGGUUUGGAAGGAAUAGCCCAAAUGGUUUUGACAUAUGGAAUCCAUUCUGCUUCCCAGAUCAGAAUUAAUGGAGAGAUUGACUUGUAUGCAGUUUUGGGUUUGGAUCCAUCUGCGGAGAAGGCUAAAGUUAAAAAGCAAUACAAAAAGAUGUCCGCUUUACUUCACCCUGACAAAAACAAAACUAUUGGAGCUGACGGCGCAUUCAAACUUGUUUCUCAAGCAUGGGCAGUUCUCUCUGAUGUUGCUAAAAGAAACUCUUAUGACUGUAGGAGAAAUUCUUUCUCUCACCACACUUCCGGGAAAUCCAUAAACUACUCUAAUUCUUCAUCCAUGCCCCGCAACAGGCUUGAAACCUUCUGGACAGUGUGUACCUCUUGUCACGUGCAGUAUGAGUAUCUCAGAAAAUAUGUGAACAAGAGACUUUCUUGCAAGAACUGCCGUGGCGUUUUCAAUGCUGUUGAGACUGGAUUGGCCCCAGUGAAUGGAUCCUACCAAUAUUCCUCGUGGUCUUACGUCCCUGAGAAUGUGUAUGGAACACACGGAUAUGGGGCCCAACAUAAUGGUGUCUCUGGACACCAUUCCAGACAUGGUUUAGAGUAUGCUCCAAAUAUAUCUUUUACCCAAAGUGCACAAGUAAAUGGCACUAUGGGGAAAAAGAAAAUGGAAAAGGCUGCCACUGGAUUUACCGUUUACCCUGAAAAGCCCGUAAAAAAAAUGGGAAGGCCCCCUAAGAAGACGAAAGUUGAAAUUGGAAGUACUAGUGGAAAUAAUACUGCUGAAGAAGUGAAAGUGGCUAAUGAAAAUGGGAAUCUGAAACAAAUUUCUAAGCUUCAAACUGCAAAUGACACCCCUUCUAAGCGGUGUUCCUAUUUUCCUUCUUUUGAUUCUAGAAAGUUAUUGAUCGACAAGGCAAGAACUGUAAUCCGUAGUAAACUGGAAGAAAUGAACUUGGCUUCUGCAGAGUUGGAUAAGAAGAAAAAAGAACUUUCUGUGAUCCAUAAAAGAGUGGGUUCGGGAGACAUGGAGAAGCAUCCAUCAGAACCAAAGGCAAGUGCGGCCCUGGCAAUAACAGUGCCAGAUUCUGACUUCCAUGAUUUUGAUAAAGAUAGAGCAGAGGAAUCCUUUAAGCCAAAACAAAUAUGGGCCUUAUAUGACGAGGAAGAUGGUAUGCCCCGCUUAUACUGUCUGGUUCGAGAAGUCAUCAACUUGAAUCCGUUCAAGAUCCAUGUCAGCUACUUGGGCGCCAAAUCGGAUACCGAGUUCGGGUCAGUAAAUUGGUUGUGCUCUGGCUUCACGAAAUCCUGUGGGCAUUUCAGGGCAUAUAACUCAGAAAUAGUUGACCAGAUCAACAUUUUUUCUCAUCUUCUGAGUAGGGAGAAAGCAGGCAGGGGUGGUUGUAUUAGAAUCUUCCCUAGAAGUGGAGAUAUUUGGGCCGUCUAUAGGAACUGGUCAUUGGAUUGGAACAGAUCCACUCCAGAUGAAGUAAGGCACCAGUAUGAGAUGGUCGAGGUUCUUGAUGAUUAUUCUGAAGAACUUGGGGUGCGUGUGGGACCAUUAAUCAAACUAGACGGAUUCAAGACAGUAUAUAGACAGAGCCCGGAUAAGGAGUCAAUUCGCUGGAUCCCUAGAAAAGAGAUGUUGCGGUUUUCACAUAUGGUUCCUUCUUGUGUACUGGAAAAAAACCAUAAUAACCUACCAGACGGACGCUGCUGGGAUCUUGAUCCUGCUGCAACCCCAGAGGAGCUACUCCAAGGAGGGGUAGAGGAGGCUAAAGGAGGUCAACCAGAAAGCUCUUCAAGAAACAAUAAUGUAGGGACAGAAGGGAAGACUGGGGGGCAGCCAGAAAGCUCAGCUCUUUCAGGUCUGUCUCAUGAAUCUGUUAGUGAAGUUCAGCAGGUUCAAACUGAUAACCACAACCUUAAUGAACCGCCGGGCUUCCCCCAAAAUCAUUCUGAGCCACCUGGUUUCCCACAAAACUGUACUGUACCGCCUGGUUUCCCGCAAAUUCAUACUGAACCGCCUGGGUUCCCGCAAAUUCAUACUGAACCGCCUGGGUUCCCGCAAAUUCAUACUGAACCGCCUGGUUUCCCACUAAACCUUGCGGAACCGCCCAGUUUCCCACUAAACCUUACUGAACCGCCCGGUUUCCCGCUAAACCUCACUGAACCGCCCGGUUUCCCACUUAACCUCACUGAACCGCCCGGUUUCCCACUAAACCUUACUGAACCGCCCGGUUUCCCACUAAACCUUACUGAACCACCGGGUUUCCCACUAAACCUUACUGAACCCCCUGGCUUCACGCUAAACCUUAGUGAACCUGCCGAUUUCUUGCAAAACCUCCCUGAACUGCCCAGUUUCUUGCAAAACCAUAGUAAACAUUCCGGUUUCGGGCAAACCCUUUUCGAACCUCCUGGUUUUGGGCAUACCCUUACUGAACCUCCUGGUUUUGGGCAUACCCUUAACAGACCUCCUGGUUUUGGGCAAAACCUUAAUGAACCGCCGCUUGGUUACUCUAAUUCAUGGGACAUUCGAAAUGAAAACGGGGCUGUGAACCAGAACAAACUCAGAAGAUGAGUUUGGUAGAAAUCUUAAAUGGAAAGUUCCCUCAAACAAUCGGAGAGAAGUGUGAUUCAAAUUGUACAGAUUGAGGACAGGGAAUGAAGAAAUGUUGAGACAUUAUAUAGAUCGGACGGUCAAUGUCAUAGUAAAUUUAUUUUAGAUUUAUGAACUAGUUUUGGCCAAUGUUGUAACAUGUGUGAUUAGUUGAGACUUAUUUAAGGGAUCAGGUUCUUCUUCGGCUGUGCAGGAGCACAGCAUGGGUGCUGUGUAAAUGAUCCAUCCAAUCAAAUCUUACGCUCGUUUUGUCAAUCUGAUAAGAGUUGUGUAUGCAUGAUCUAGGACCAUUGGUUUCCAAUGGUAGCCCACGUUGUGCUCCUUGACACAGCAGAAAAUCCUAUUGUACGUCCUAUAAAUUUUCUGUUUGUGCCUCUCUAUGACCGCGUGCCAAAUUUGCAACUCCCGAUUUGAUAGGGAAAAUGGAAAUUAAUAAUACAAUCUUUUAACGGUCU